UUGGAAGUCGAAUUGACUUGAAGGACUGGUGUUUCAGUGUGGGUGUGUACGAGCACCUGACAUUGAGUAUUCCAGUGCGCUCAUUUUUCUGCCUGAGCGGGUUGGCAGGUUGCGAAAAGGCAACGAUUGCAGUCAUUCAGUCUGAUUACACACAUUUCCGCCGUUAUUUUGAUAGCGACAUCUGAUAGCGACAGCUCCCCUUACUUACUGGGACUAUUCCUGAAGUUGGCAACAUUUAAACAUGGAACUAAAUGGCACUGCUGGUAAACACGGGUUAGAGGGCGAUGCAGACCUGGAGUUCCUGCUGUUGGGUGGAGAGCUGCAGAAAGUGCGGUCGAACUCUUGGAAGAAGAACCGCUUCUACAAGCUGCAGGAGGACUGCAAGACCAUGUGGCAUGAGUCCCACAAGUACCUCAAAAGUACUCAGACCUUCUCCAUUGAUGACAUUGAGGCGGUGCGUCUUGGCCGGCAGUCGGAGGGGCUUCAGAAGUACACUGACCCCAGCCUGGAGGAGAGCUGUUUCUCCAUCAUCUUCAAGGGUCGGCGCAAGAACCUGGACCUCACGGCCAGCUCCGUCGAAGAGGCCAAGCGCUGGGUGACCGGCCUGGAGAAAGUCAUCACCAACAUGCGUGGCCUCAACCGACAAAAGACCAGCGAACACUGGAUCUUCAACUGCAUGCGCAAGGCGGACAAGAACAAAGACAACAAGAUGACCCUGAAAGAGCUCAAGCACUUCCUGCAUCAGAUAAACAUCGAGGUGGAUGACACGUAUGCUGCAGUGCUCUUCGCCAAAUGUGACAAGUCCAACUCGGGCUCCCUGGAGGGCUCAGAGAUCAAGCACUUCUACGACCUGCUGACGCACCGCGAGGAGAUCGAUGUGAUCUACGCCAAGUACGCGCAGACCGAGGGCCAGAUGAGUGCCGCUAACCUGCUCAAUUUCCUGCUGAACGAGCAGAGAGAGACCGUCUCCAUGGAGCACGCCGUCAAGCUCAUUGAGAAGUAUGAACUGGAUGACACAGCCAAGCAGAAGAAGCAGAUGACCAAGGAUGGUUUCCUGAUGUACCUGCACCAGGAGGAGGGGCUUAUCUUCAACCCCGCCCACAAGGAAGUGUACCAGGACAUGACCCAGCCAAUUAACCAUUACUUCAUCUCCUCCUCCCAUAACACCUACCUGAUGGAGGACCAACUCAAGGGGCCCAGCAGCACAGAGGCCUACAUCAGAGCACUGAUGAAGAGCUGUCGCUGCGUGGAGCUGGACUGCUGGGACGGACCCAACGGAGAGCCCAUCAUCUACCACGGCUACACGCUCACGUCCAAGAUCCUCUUCAAAGACAUCAUCAAGGCCAUUAAAGAGUACGCCUUCAAAACCUCUGAGUACCCGGUCAUCAUCUCCCUGGAGAACCACUGCACGGUGGAGCAACAGAAGCUCAUGGCCCAGCACAUGACCUCCGUCCUGGGGGAGGCACUGCUCACACAGCCCCUGGGGGACCAGAUGCCCUCAAACUUCCCUUCACCAGAGGAGCUGAAGGGGUACUUUCUGAUCAAAGGCAAGCGGCUGAAUAAGCUGGACGCGGCCUUCAACAACAACAGUGUUGAGGAGGAUGAGAGUGUGUCGGAGGAGGACGAGGCAGCAGAAGAGAACAUCCAGAAGCCCAAAGAGAAGAAGUCCAAGAUUAAGCUGGCCAAGGAGCUCUCAGACUUGGUCAUCUACUGCAAGAGUGUGCACUUCGGUGGCUUUGAGCACGCUCGCGAUGACCAGGCCUUCUACGAGAUGUCCUCCUUCAAGGAGGGCAAGGCUGUCAACCUGGCAGACACAUCAGCCACAGCCUACAUUCACCACAACAUGGACAAGCUCAGCAGAAUCUACCCAGCCGGCUCCAGGACAGACUCCUCCAACUACAACCCCGUGCCUCUGUGGAAUGCUGGCUGCCAGAUAGUGGCCCUGAACUUCCAGACGCCUUCUAAGGAGAUGGACCUGAACCAGGGGCGUUUCCUCCCCAAUGGACUGAGCGGCUACGUCCUCAAGCCCGAGUUCCAGAGGGACCCGGCCUCCCAGUUUGACCCCAACAGCCUCCAGAAAGGCGCCGGGUACAGGAAGAAGACGCUUCACCUCAUGGUGAUCUCAGCACAGCAGCUGCCCAAGCUCAAUAAGGACAAGUGCAAGUCCAUUGUGGACCCCCUGGUGAGAGUGGAGAUCUGUGGUGUCCCGGCUGACGCCGCAAGCAAAGAGACGCAGUCCAUUGAGAAUAAUGGUUUCAAUCCCAUGUGGAAUGAGAGCUUCCAGUUUGACGUGCACGUCCCAGAGCUGGCUAUGCUGCGCUUCCUGGUAGAAGACUAUGACACCACAUCCCAGAAUGACAUGAUUGGUCAAUACUGUCUGCCCUUCACCAGUCUACAGAACGGUUACCGUCACGUUCCGCUGCUCACCAAGAGAGGUGACGUCAUAUCCUCCGCCGGACUCUUUGUGCACAUCAUGGUUGUGGACGCAGAAUAAAGCUGGACCAACAUCUAAAGGCCAAACACGUUACACGGAGACCAUCGGACGCGCCUUGCUAUUGUAGCUUAAUAUCCCUCUAUUUCUAAUGGCAAGGCAAGAGUACACCAAAUUGACUGUUAUUACUGGUAUGUGAGAGUUGCCUACUGCAGUGUAUGGUAAAUUGCUUGCACCUUGUUAAAACAUUUACAAGGGGAAAACUUUCAUGUUGGCCCUAUCAACAAUCAGGUGUAGGGUGUCAUAUGAUGGACAGCAGAUGAGAAUGUGAAUGGAAAAAUUUUAACUCAUCUGAGGUGAUCUGAACUACCUUCAGAGAAGGUGUAAAAAGUUUGAAACAGAAAAACUAAUUUACAGCUUCUGAGACUUUACCGAUCACAUCAGGAGGCAAUUAAGGGGAAAGUCUGAUUGGGUUUUAUCACAGCAUUUUUAAAUUCAUUUGAAGACCGUGUGUAUAUCCAGAGUCUUAGUAUUUGGGCCAACAGACAUUUACGACACUCUGCGGUCAACAUUUAAAAGGCAAGAAACUGGCUGAUAGUUUAAGGAGUCAUACACACGUUUUAUAUUGAUAUUAAAUGUUUUUAUUUCACUCUUGAAAGAGUGAGAAUUGUAUGUGUGAAGGCCGAAUAGACAAGAGUCCCACAACAGUGGCACGCUAAAACGUACUCCCGCUAGAUGAACUCUGGUUCGGCAUGUAUUCAUCCUGCAUGACAUUUCAGUGUCAUCCUAAACAACUACACAGCUUUUAUGUAAGAGUGGCCACUAGAGCUGCUUAUGAGGUGAAUUAUCAGAUGACUCUGACUAAGCCGUCAGGUCAAAUAUGCUAUUUGGGGUAAGGGUUUAUAUGUUUCAACAUAUGUAUCAUGUACAUAGACACAAAGGCUUCAGCUCUCUGUUAAUAAUAUAAGAAAGGUUGAUGUUUCUAAAUGUGCACAAGAUCGCCCUCUUGUGUAUUCAACUAGUAAUGCUUUUGCUAUGGGAUGUUAGACAGGACUCAUGAUGAGUGAGUCCACUUGUUUGUGGUUUAUCAGUAUUUGUGUGAAAUCUAAACAUUGUGUUUUACUGAAAAAGCCUCCCUGUGAUGGAGCCGAAACACUGACAUUGCACAAUUUAUUGCAUUCAUGGUCAAUGUUUUUUGUAUUUAAUGUUUUAAACAGUUAUUGUAAUCAUACUAACACAUACAGUAUCUGUAAAUGUACUUAUUGAGUGUUUUUGUUAGAAUAUUUGUACACAUUUAACCUUUUUAAUGUUCUGUCUGAAUUUGACUAUAUACAUUUUUACAUUCUGUCCUAACAAGCAUUCACAUUGUGGUGUUGAGUGCGUUUCUUUGGGAGUUUUGUGAGAGGAUUCACAGUACAUGUUAGUAUCAGAGUUAGGCACCUUUUCAGUUUCAUAGAAAAUUAAAUAAGGUUGUGCACUCCAGAAAUGGUUGUAAUCUAAAUUAGUCUUUAAAUAUUAUUCAUAGAAGUAUUUUCAUACGGCAUGCUCUGUCAGCGAAGAAAUGAUUCUCCAGUUCCGAAAAAGGUUCUUUAAAGCGAUAGCAAAUUCAUAUGGUUCCACAAAUGUUCCAAGGCGUUUCUAAAGAACCCCUGACAGAGUUCUAAGUGGAGCCAGCAUGCAUUUUUCCAUGGUGACAAGAAGGUUCAUUUCUGUUUCUGUUUUUGAGAAGACUGAAAGGUCCAAAAAGUUCUUUGUAUCUCUUGACUGAAACUGCAUUAUUAAUUUUCAGCAGUUUUGAAAACAACUUUUUUUACAUGUCUCUUUCUUACAUGUCAGAUCAUUAAUACUGUCUGGUGUCAAUGUUAUUACAGGUGCUAAUGCCUGAAUCAUCUACAUAUCAUUUCUUAUUUUAACAUCCUAUUUCAAAAUAUGACAAGUAAGUGUAAUGUUAUUUAGCAGGUUGUCUUUUAGAAUAAGCAGUCAUUCUGUUGCUAUGGAUAUUUUCAUUAAGCUGCAAAUUGCAUCUAAAUAAACCGUUAACAUUUU